AUGUACCUGCAAGCCGCUUUCUCGUUGCUUGCGCUCUGCAUUGCUCUGCCUGUGGUCAAAAGGUUGUUGCGAGGGCGGGUGGACUACUCUGGGAAGCACGUCUUGAUCACAGGAGGUUCUUCCGGGUGCUCCCGCUACUGCAUGCUCCUCCCUCCUGUUGCUGAGGCAGCAUGCGAGGAGCUCAGGAAAGGAGCGACAGGAGCAGAGCAGAAGAUCGAGUAUGCUGUCGCUGACGUCUCCGACUUCCAAGCAGUGAAGGCUGCGGUAGAGAGCUCCGAGAAGAAGGCAGGACCGAUCGAUGUCGUGAUCGCCAAUGCUGGGUCCUCUCAGCCGGGAUAUUUUCUUGAGCAGGACGUUUCCGUCUUCCGUAAAGCGAUGGAAGGGAAUUACAUGGGAACCGUCAACAUCAUCAAAGGCAGGCAGCCUUUCAUCCUCUCAAGUCGAUGCUGA